GCUCGUCGAUCGUCUCUAUAUAACACAAGAGUCUCAUCACAUUACAUUCAUCACCUACAAAUAUUAUAUUACAUGUAUAGCAGAGAGAAAUAACAAAUUUGCUUUUUUAUUUAUUUAUGUAAGUGUUACAUACACAUACACUGAUCGACUUGUACUUAGUUCGAGACAAGAGAUAACGUAGAAUCAAUUCAACUCCACUAAGUUAUCAUGGGUCGAUCUCAAGAACAGGGAGAGGGACAAGGUCCGAUUCACAGCAUCCGGUUAUCGACGGUGGGUGCGGCUCGACCGACAGAGACAGGUACAACUCACGAACCAACCGGUUUAGACCUAGCCAUGAAGCUCCAUUACCUCAAGGCGGCGUACAUUUACUCCCCCGAGACGGCACGUGACUUAACCGUGAGACAUAUGAAAGAGAGCAUGUUCAUGCUGUUCGACCAGAUCGCUUGGACCACAGGCAGGUUCUCACGGAGAGACUCGGGGCGUCCGUACAUCAAAUGCAACGACUGUGGGACGCGUUUCGUGGAAGGUCAAUGCAAUCUCACUGUGGAAGAGUGGCUCAGUCAACCGGAUCGGUCAGUUGAUGAGUUUCUCGUUUACCAUCAACCUAUUGGACCGGAGUUAGCGAUCUCUCCGUUGAUCUAUGUUCAGUUGACCCGGUUUAAAUGCGGAGGAUUAGGUUUGGGCCUGAGCUGGGCCAAUAUAAUUGGAGACUCAUUCUCUCUAUUUUACGCCUUCAACUUCUGGACUAAGGCCAUUACCGGAGAAACGAUUCAUGCCCCAAUACCCUCUAAGGGAGACAGAGGGUUCCAAAGUCCAAACCCAACAGUUAAAGAUCCGGUUUCGGUUAAACGGAUCGACCCGGUUGGAGAUCUCUGGGUCACUCCAAACAACAAGAAAAUGGCGACGUACUGUUUCAAUCUCUCAGUCGCCGAUCAGAUAUCACCACAUUUUCCGGCGAACGGAGAUAAUUCGAUUCCGGUGUUCGAGAUCAUCGCCGGAAUCAUAUGGAAAUGCGUAGCUAAAGUUAGGGCGGAGCCAGAGCCUGUGACGGUUACGAUCAUCAAAAAGGAUCCGAACGAUCUGAAACCUAAUAACGCGAUUCGUAACAGUCAGGUGAUAAGUUCGGUUCAAGUUGAUUUCCCGGUGGCGGAAGCGACGGUGGAGGAACUGGUGAGAUCUAUUGGGGAAGCGAAGGAUGAGAGAUUUGGAAUCGAGGAGAUCGGAGGGAGCUGUGAUGGGAAUUUGGAUUUUGUUGUGUACGGUGCGAAGCUAACGUUUGUGGAUCUGAGUGGUGAGGAUUUGUAUGGAGCCAGGGUGAUGGGGAAGUCGCCGCAUUCGGUUUACUUUAAUGUUGAAGGGGUAGGGGAGGAAGGGUUGGUGGUUGUUUACGCCGCAGCGAAAUCGGAGGAGAGGGUUGUGACGGUUACGUUGCCGGAGGAAGAGAUGGAGAUGGUAAAAUUGGAGUUUAAGAAGUGUGGUAUGAUCGCGCCGUAAGUGUGUGUAUUAACGGCUGAUAAGUGUAAAAUGUGAAUUCAUAAAUGUUGUUGUUUUUUUUUUUUUAAAUUAAUAAAUGUGAUGAAUUAUUGGUUUUUGCUGAAGUGUUGUAAGUUGUGUAACGUUGUUGUAAAAUUAUACAAUCCCUAUAUUACUAAAAGAGAAGUACAACUACUACCUA